AUGAAUUUAGUAAUCAAGUGUAAAAUAUGUAGAUCAUUUGAAUCAAGGUCAAUAGAUGAAUUUAGACUACAUGGUAUCAAUCAUUGUAUACCGUCGGUUACAACAUACUUUGGUCUUACGCUAGAACAAAUACUAUUAGAACAACAAAGAGAUAAUAAUGAUGAUCGGAUGCAAGAAGAAGAAGAAGAAGAAGAUAAUCAACAACAACAACAACAAGAUAUUGUAAAAAUGAGAAAGAGAGAUCAUAAUAACAAAGAUAAAGACAAUAAUAAUAAUAAUAAUACAAUUACAACAACAACAAAGUCAAUAAGAUUUAAAAGUUUAAUUGGGUCACCAUUUAUUAGACGUACUCUAUUUAAACAUGUAAAAGAGUUGAGCAAUCUUUAUAAAAUUAGUAAGAGUGGAGGUGGAUCACAUUCUGGUAAAGAUAUCAUUAAAUUACCUCAUCUUGGAAUGAUAUCUCUAUUUGCAAUGCCAUGGGAGUUUAUUAAACAUUAUCUACCCAACAAGGAUAAUGUAUUAUUACAAAGAAGAAUGAUUGUUAUUAGUCAAUAUUGUGCACAUCGAAAUGCAACAUUGGAUACAUUAUUAAAACUAUUGGAAUGGUCCCCUGAAUAUGAUCCACAAGAUCAAUUUGAUAGUGCUCACCAUCAAAAUCUAUUUUAUAAUGUUUCAGCUCAAGGACAUAGAGAUAUACUUGAACUGCUUUUAAAAAGGUAUCCAAAUAUUUCAACAAAUGGAAACCGUAGGGCAAUGGACAUAGCAUCUGAAUAUGGACAUUUAUCAACUGUUCAAUUAUUAUCAUCUGUUAAAACAGUCAUUUGCACUCCAGAUGCAAUGAGAGAUGCUGCAGAAAACGGCCACUAUGAAAUUGUAAAGUAUCUUGAUGAAACUCGUACUGAAGGUUGUAGUACACAUGCGAUGGAUUCAGCUGCCUAUUAUGGACAUUUUAAUAUUGUUAGAUAUUUAAAUUGUCAUAGGUUAGAAGGGUGUACUUCUGAUGCCAUGGACGGAGCUGCAUUGAAUGGUCAUCUAAAUAUUCUACAAUAUUUACAUCAAAAUCGUUAUGAAGGAUGCACUAUUGAUGCCAUGAACGGAGCUGCAUUGAAUGGUCAUCUAAAUAUUCUACAAUGGCUAAGAAAUAAUAGGACAGAAGGGUGUAGCACCAAUGCGAUGGAUAAUGCAAAAUCACUUGAAAUUGUUAAAUUCCUUCACGUAAAUGGUAAAACGUGCACAACAUUGGCCAUUGAUAAUGCAUGUUUAAAAGGUGAUUUGGAUAUUGUCCAAUUUCUUUUUGAAAAUCGUACAGAAGGUUGUACCCAACAUGCCAUCAUUAAUGAUUGUAAAAGUGGUAACUUUGAUUUGAUAAAGUUUCUAUUAAAUGCUAGGAAUCAAGUUUGUACACCCGAAGCAGUAGACUCUGCCAUAAAGAAGAAAUGUAGUUUGGAGAUUAUAAAAUACCUCGAUAAAGAAUGUACAAUUAAUGGUUUGAAACAUACAUUCAAAAAUGAUCGAUUGGAUACUCUAGAUUUGAUUCAAUAUCUUUAUCAACGUUUCCCAAAAACUACUAAUACAUGGGAUGCUCUUACAUUUGAUUUGGCUGCAGUAGCUGGUAAAUUAGAUAUUGUAAAGUUUCUUCAUGAAAACAAAAAAGCAUGCACAAUCAAGACUAUGGAUCAUGCAGCAGAGUUUGGAAAUCUUGAUAUUGUUCAAUUUUUACAUUUUAAUCGUACUGAAGGAUGCACAAUCCAAGCUAUGGAUAUUUCCAAAAAUUUAGAAGUGAUAAAGUUUUUACAUUUUAAUCGUACAGAGGGAUGUACAACCAAGUGUAUGGAUAAUGCAGCAAGAAGGGGUGAUAUAGAGACUGUUGAAUGGUUACAUAAAAAUCGAACUGAGGGUUGUACUGAUCAAGCUCUAUGGGAAUCAAAUAACCCCGAUAUUUACAAUUACAUACUGUCAAACAAAAUAAUACCAUUGGAAUCAAUCAAACAAGGAAAUAUUUUAACGCUACCAUAUGAAGAAGAUUAUUAUGAACUAAUCUAA